AUGGCGAACCGGACGGCCAACGCCACACCCGUAAACCCAAUCGAAGUUGCGCUCCAUGGCUUCACAGGCUCCGGGGCCGUCUUCAAGCGCAAUGUCGCUGCCCUCUCCCAGCACUACUAUGUAAUUGUCCCAGAUCUCCGCGGCCAUGGCAGCUCCGACAAACCCAACGCCGGAUACCACGUCUCGCGCCUGGCCAUGGAUCUCAAGAACCUGCUCGACCACUUCAACCUCAGUAAUGCAGCAGCCGUGAAAGCCAUCGGCACAAGCCUAGGCGCAGCUAUCCUGUGGUCCUACAGCGAACUCUUCACCACAUCCCCCUUUUCCCACAUGAUUUUCGUAGACCAAGCGCCCCUGCAGAAUUACCUUGAGGAUUGGGGUCCACAGUUUGGCAAUCGAGGGUGUAAUUCGCCCGAAGCCCUCAAAGCGAUGCAAAACUCGCUGAUUAGUGAACCCGAAAAGGCGCAUGUGGGGACGAUUGCGGCGUGUCUAGGGUAUAGGUCGCAUCCACAGUCUGGCGAUCCAACGCCCGAGUCGGAGAUUUGGAAGGAGGAUGAGGCGUUCUUUUUGGGAGAGGCGAUGAAGGGGGAUGGGUGGUGGUAUGGGAAGUUGAUGGCGGAUCAUACGGCGAAUGAUUGGAGGUGGGCAAUUGCGCAGAAUUUGGGACCGGGGAGUGCGAGUAAGACGCGUGUUUUGGUGGUUGCGAGUAGUAGGAGUGGGUGCUUCCCUGCUGACGGUCCGCUUAAGGUUGUUGAGCUGGUCAAUGGAGGGAAAGGUGAGGGCCAUGCGAAGGGAGUGAUGGUAGAAUGGGGCGGUCACUGGUGUUACUGGGAGAAGCCUGAGCUGUUUAAUGAACUUGUGCUUGAGUUUUUGAAGUAG